AUGCUUCUGUUCUCUAAGUACUGGAUAAGGAAACAACAAGAGCUUGACUCCAAGGAUGCUAUUAUUUUACAUCAGUUUGCAAGACCUAACAAUGGUGUCCCCAGCUUAUCUCCCUUCUGUUUGAAAAUGGAAACCUACCUGAGAAUGGCUGACCUACCCUAUCAGAACUAUUUUGGUGGAAAGCUCUCUGCUCAAGGGAAAAUGCCUUGGAUUGAAUAUAAUAAUGAGAAAGUGUCUGGCACAGAAUUCAUAAUUGACUUUCUGGAAGAGAAACUUGGAGUGAACUUAAACAAAAACCUUGGCCCUCAUGAAAGAGCUGUCUCAAGAGCCGUGACCAAGAUGGUGGAAGAACACUUCUACUGGACAUUAGCUUAUUGCCAGUGGGUGGACAAUGUCAAUGAGACCCGGAAGAUGCUGUCUCUUAGUGGUGGUCCCUUCAGUAACCUGCUCAGGUGGGUCGUGUGCCACGUAACAAAAGGAAUUGUGAAGCGGGAGAUGCACGGCCACGGCAUUGGCCGCUUCUCGGAGGAAGAGAUUUACAUGCUGAUGGAGAAGGACAUGCGGUCCUUAGCAGGGCUUUUGGGUGACAAGAAGUACAUCAUGGGGCCCAAGCUUUCCACUCUUGAUGCCACUGUCUUUGGACACUUGGCACAGGCGAUGUGGACUUUGCCAGGAACAAGACCUGAGCGGCUAAUCAAAGGGGAGCUGAUCAACCUCGCCAUGUACUGUGAGAGGAUCAGGAGGAAAUUCUGGCCUGAGUGGCACCAUGACGAUGACAAUACCAUCUAUGAGUCCGAGGAGAGCAGCGAGGGCAGCAAGACUCACACACCCAUGCUGGAUUUUAGCUUCUACUCAAGGACAGAGACCACCGAAGAUGAAGGGGCAGAGAACAGUUUUUCCAGGACGCCAGACACGGAUUUCACGGGACACUCUAUCUUUGAUUCUGACGUGGACAUGGAUGACUACACAGAUCACGAACAGUGCAAGUGA